AUGUUGCUCAAAUCUCUUGUCUCUGCAGCCACCGUUGCGUGUGCUGUCGCUGCUGAUUUGCCUGCCAUUGAAAUCGUCGGUAACAAAUUCUUCUACUCCAACAAUGGCUCCCAGUUCUUGAUGAGAGGUGUCGCCUACCAGGCUGACACCCAGAACGCUACCGACACCGAGCAGUUCGUGGACCCCUUGGCUAACGUUGAGACCUGUAAGAGAGACAUUCCUUACUUGCAACAGUUGAACACCAACAUCCUUCGUGUUUACGCUUUGAACGCAUCUUUGGAUCACUCGGGAUGUAUGGAAUUAUUGCAGGAGGCUGGCAUCUAUGUGAUUGCCGACUUGUCCGAGCCAGAUCUCUCCAUCGACAGAUCCAACCCUCAAUGGAACUUGGACUUGUUGGCCAGAUACACCGACGUGGUGGACAAGUUCCACAACUACACCAACGUGGUGGGUUUCUUUGCUGGUAACGAGGUCACCAACGAAGCCUCCAACACCGAUGCUUCCGCUUACGUCAAGGCUGCUGUCAGAGACACCAAGGCCUACAUUAAGGAAAAGGGCUACAGAGCCAUUCCUGUGGGAUACUCCAGUAACGACGACAUCGAGAUCAGAGUUGACUUGGCUGACUACUUUGCUUGCGGUGAUGAGGAUGAGAGAGCUGAUUUCUUCGGUAUUAACAUGUAUGAAUGGUGUGGUACUUCCACCUUCAAGACCUCUGGUUACCUGAACAUCACCUCGCAGUACGAGAACUUGGGUAUUCCAGUUUUCUUCUCUGAGUACGGAUGUAACGAGGUUCAACCAAGAAAGUUCACCGAGGUCCAGGCUCUUUACUCUAGCGACAUGACCGGCGUCUGGUCUGGAGGUAUUGUCUACAUGUACUACCAGGAGGCCAACAACUACGGUUUGGUUAGCAUUGACUCCAGCGGCUCUGUCUCCACUAUGGCCGACUUCAAGUACUUGCUGAGCCAGCUUGCCUCCAUCAGCCCAUCUUACGCUACCAUUAACUCUCAGUCCACUUCUGCCUCUGUCACCACUUGCCCAGCCGUGGGUGCCAACUGGUCUGCCAACACCGCAUUGCCUCCAACUCCAGAUCAGUCCAUCUGUAACUGUAUGGCUGACUCUUUGACCUGUGUUGUUGCCGACUCUGUGGAUGAGGAAGACUACGAGUCUCUUUUCGACUAUGUCUGCAGUCAAGUGGACUGUUCUGGUAUCAACGGUAACGCUACUACUGGAAGCUACGGUUCCUACUCGCCAUGUGAUUCCAAGCAGAAGUUGAACUUCGUUCUUGACUUGUACUACUCCGCCAACGGUGAGAGCAAGAGUGCUUGUAGCUUUGACGGUUCUGCUACUACCCAGAAGGCCACCACCGCAUCUUCGUGCACUGCCGUGCUUUCCUCUGCUGGUGUUUCUGGUUUGGGUACCGUGAGUGGUUCUAUCAAUGCUGCUACCUCCGCCUCUGGCUCCAACGCUUCUGGUUCCUCUGGCUCCUCCGGCUCCUCCGGCUCUUCUGGUUCUUCCUCGGGCCUGUCUGCUAGCUCCACCAGCUCCACCAAGAGCAGUGGUGCUGUUGGCAUGAGCUCGACUGCCUCUGCUGCCUGGAUGUUCGUUGUGUCCUUGACUACAGUUGGAUUCGGCUUCUUGUUUGUCUGA